AUGAAAUGGUCAUGGGGUUUUAGUACUCGACGCCGAGAGAAAAAGAGACUAGCCGAGAGACGCACGCGCAGCAGCGACCGUCCCGGCCCCCUGCCAGCUGUCCGCGAACGGGCCCUGACUCUGCAACUUCCACCUGGCAACACUGACUUGGUUGGAAAAAGUCGUCAUCAAUCAACCUGUGAUCAGCAGCAAUCUGCAUUUUUUGCCAAACUCCCACAAGAGAUCCGGUAUCUGAUCUAUCGGGAGGUGUUGGCUCCUGCACAUCAUCCUGAACUCCAUGUUGCCAGCGCACACCAACGACUUCUGAGUCGGCGCUGUUUUAAUGAGGACCCAGAUGUCCCGGGGCGGAGGCACAGCUGUUGGGGCGGUCGCUACAAGCAAGAUGGCACAACGGCCCCGAAUCCGAACCUAGGGGGCUACCAGCCCGAGGACGAUUCUCCGUACCCCAUAAGACUAGGGCUGUUGCGCUCAUGCCGACAGGCAUACUCGGAAUCAAUCGAUCUACUCUACUCCCGAAACAUCCUCAGCUUCCGCCAAACACGGACAGUCGUGGAUCUCCAACAUACCAUUCUGCCCCAGCGCCUGCAUAGCAUUCGAUCUGUGCAUUUUUACUUCCUACUCCAACUUAUCUGGUGCGAUACGCACCUGGCAGUAGCGGAACCUUUCUGGCCUCUGGACAUACCUUUCUUCUGGGAGUCUGCCUGGAAGGCCAUUGCUGAGAUGAAGUCGCUGCAGAGCCUUCGCGUCGAGCUAACUGAUGGGCGUGUUGACGACGAAUAUCCAAACAUGGAUGGCUUGGUGCAUCUUCUAAAGCCGAUGAUGACAGUCGGAUUCCCGAAGUAUGUGGUCCAGUUCGAUUGGCCAAUUGAGGCAGAUGAAAUUGCAAGGCUUUUGGGGAGCGAGCUGCCUUUUGAAGUUCAGGUCCAAGAGAAACCUGCAGAUCACAUUGACUACUGGUAG